GGCCAGGGACGAGCACGAUCGCGAGCUGGCGCGGCGAUGAGGCUCGGCAAAGUUUGAGAGGCGCAGCGGCGGGCGUCGGUGGAGCGGGGGCUGGGGGGGGGAAGAGAGCUCGGUUAACUGUUUCCAAACGGGAUAGCGAGAGAGAGAGAGAGAAAGUGUGCGAGCGGAAAAAAAUCAAACAAGCUUCCCCCCCCACCCCAACCCCCCCCUCCCACCCGGAAAAAGUUGGCGGAGGGAGCCGGGACCCUUGCUUCUGUUAUGAACUUUAUUAAACAAGUAGGGGAAAGGGAAACUGCUAACCGAUGACUACUGUAAACAGUGGCAAUGACGAGUUUGACUUUAGGCUGAUAUUUGGUGAAGACGGUCCGCAGCCUGGACUAGGCCCUGCAGAUACCGAGCCAGAUGAUUCUGCAUCAUUUCACAUCUUUAAUGAAGGCAACCUUCAAUCAAGUAUAAACCAACCAAUAGGCAUUCUUCACCAUGAAACACAGACACAUCCAACAGCAUUUUCAUCACCUCAUCGGCUGCAGACCUCUAAUAUCCAGGAGUCUAAAUACAGUCCUGUAGGUGCUCCAAAAGCAUUUGAAUGCCCUAGUAUUCAAAUCACCUCUAUUUCUCCCAGUUGUCAACAAGGAAUUGGUCCUAAUGAAGAAGUGCAUGCAAAUGGCACAGAUAAUGACUAUAUGGAAAGACCAUCCAGGGACCAUCUGUACCUUCCUCUUGAUCCAGUUUAUUAUAGGGAUGCAUCACUAAGCCCAAGUCCUGCUAGCAGCAUUUCCUCCAGGAGCUGGUUUUCGGAUGCUUCUUCAUGUGAAUCUUUCUCUCAUGUAUAUGAUGAUGUAGACUCUGAAUUGAAUGAAGCUGCUGCUCGUUUUACACUUGGUUCUCCUAGUGGGUCACCGAGAUGUUGCCCAGCAGAUGAGACCUGGCAGCCAAAUUAUUCAUUUGCACAAUCACUAUCACCUAGACAGUCACCCUGCCAUUCACCUAGAGCUAGUAUUACUGAUGAAAACUGGCUCAGCCCUCGUCCAACUUCAAGACCAUCUUCUAGGCCUACUUCUCCUUGGGGAAAGCGGCGGCAUUCAAGUGCAGAGAUCUGUUAUGCAGGUUCACUUUCACCCCAUCAUUCACCAACACCAUCUCCAGGACAUUCCCCAAGAGGAAGUGUCACAGAGGAUACGUGGCUUGGUAAUACUGCUCUUCAAGGUGCCUCAAGUCUAAGUCCUGGGCUGAUACCUUUUCAGUGUUGUCCCCCAGAGACUGACAUACCUUUAAAAUCAAGGAAAACUUCUCAGGACCAGGCUGCUACAGUGUCAGGAAAAGUAGAUUUGACUUCGGAUGAUCAAGGAAGUUUGUCCCCUUCAGUUGAAUCUCCAGUCGAUGAUCUUUCUGGCUCUCCACAUCCAUUAAAAAAAGACUUGUCAAGUGAACAGUUUCUUUCUGUUCCUUCACAUUUCACUUGGAACAAACCAAAACCUGGUGGCCAUACACCUAUUUUUCGCACAUCGUCGUUGCCUUCUUUGGACUGGCCUUUGCCAAGUCAGUAUCUACAAUAUGAACUAAAAAUAGAAGUCCAGCCGAAGACCCAUCACAGAGCUCACUAUGAGACAGAGGGGAGUCGAGGAGCUGUGAAGGCAUCUUCUGGAGGACACCCAGUUGUUAAGCUUCAAGGUUACAAUGAAAAGCCAAUCAACCUGCAGAUGUUCAUUGGUACUGCUGAUGAUCGCUAUUUAAGACCACAUGCAUUCUACCAAGUGCACAGAAUCACUGGGAAGACUGUUGCUACAGCUAGUCAAGAGAUUAUAGUUACCAGUACAAAGGUUCUUGAAAUUCCUCUUCUGCCUGAAAACAAUAUGACUGCCAGCAUUGACUGUGCAGGAAUUUUGAAACUACGCAACUCUGAUAUUGAACUUCGCAAGGGUGAAACUGACAUUGGAAGAAAAAAUACAAGAGUUCGCCUUGUUUUCCGCGUGCAUAUCCCACAGCCCAAUGGAAAAGUUGUCUCACUGCAAGCAGCUUCCAUUCCUGUUGAAUGCUCCCAGCGAUCGGCUCAGGAACUUCCUCAGAUUGAAAAGUACAGUACCAAUUCGUGCUCGGUCAGUGGUGGAGAAGAAAUGAUCGUUAACGGCUUCAACUUUCUUCCGGAGUCUAAGAUUGUCUUCCUUGAAAAGGGCCCAGAUGGGCGCCCUCAAUGGGAGGUAGAAGGAAAAAUUGUCAGGGAGAAGUCUCAAGGGGUUAAUCUUGUUGUUGAAGUCCCUCCAUACCACAACAAAAGUGUUACGUCUGCAGUUCAAGUUCAGUUUUAUGUUUGCAAUGGCAAGAGAAAAAGAAGUCAGUCCCAGCGCUUUACUUACUUACCAGUUUUAAUCAAACGGGAGCAUACAGAUGAGAGAGAAUUGCCUACUAUUCCUACCCUUCCAAUGUCUGUUGCACACACUACUAGUCUACAUCAAGUUGCAUCUCAGCUGCCUUCCUCAGAUACUGGUCACCUUCAUGAAAAUUUGACACCUACUUCACAGAGGAACCUCGGUCCUCCAAUGCAACAGAGUUACCCACCUAUGAUUUCUCCAUCGGCAACGUGUAUGCCACAUCUUUUGGGAAGAAGCAUUAGUCCGGGUUCGGAAUGUUCUAUUCUGCCUCCCUUGAGUCACCAGUCCUUCCCGACACCAGCUCCACCUAUCAGGCCUUCUUAUCAGCCUAUGCAAUCUAACAUGAUGUAUAAUGGACAGCCAGGUCUUCCCAUGAACUCUGUUUCUAGCCAGAGAUAUGAAAAAUUAUCUUAUCAGCCUGAUGUAGCUGGUCCACUUCAAAUCAACCUUGGAUGUCAACAGAUGCAACAAAUGUACUGUUCUCCGAAUCCAGGUACAGCUUCAUCACCAUCUCCGACAACAGCACACUCUUUGGGACAUUCUCCACGCUCUGGACAAACCUCAUCACCACUACAGAGUUCAAGUUUAGGGAGCCUGCCUGCACCACCUCCGUUGACACAUCAUAGUGUGUGUGACCCAUCAUCAUUUUCAGCACCAGAGAGAGCAUCCCUGAACAUUAAACAAGAACCAGAGGAUAGUGAGUUACCUUUUCAAGCCAUAGGCCUACAGGAUAUCACACUUGAUGAUGUGAAUGAAAUUAUUGGAAGAGAUAUGUCACAGAUUCCGACGUCUCGAACAGCAGCAGUGCAUGUCCAAUCACAGUGUGUCUGCCCUGGAGCUUUGGAAAGUGGAAUACCUGAGGGAGUCUGAUGUGACUUACGAUCACCACAUAUUCUUCCCAAAAUCAACCCUUCCUACACCCACUCUUCCCUUCCCCCCUCAACAUAUACCCCUCUCCAAAUAAAACAGAAAUUGUUGUGCUUCCAACAUUGUGGCCUUUUAUAAACUGCAACUCGAGUAGUUCCUGCAAAAGGUGCUGCAGUUCUGUAUUGAAAGUGAAUCAUGCGGUGUCAGUCCUCCAUCAUAAUGCUCUACAAAUGCUGUGUCCAGUUGCCUGUGUUUCACUGGAACAGGCAAAAAAAUUCCUGAAAAAUCAGAAGGGACUUUAAUCUACUUUAGGGAUGCAUUUUCGAGAAGUGACUCUCCUUUAGUAGAUUAAUUCAACUAGUCUACAGCAUAUGAAUAAUGUUUUAUCACAAGGUGUUUGUAUCUGCUGUAGUAUCUAUUGUAAAUAUUACACUCAAUUUAAGCUAAAAGAGGGUUUAGUGAAGUGAUAUAUAAAUAAAUGAUAAACAAAAUGCUGUAGCUAGUGGCAUAUACUGCAUUCUGUCAUCCUGAAGAGUGUUUAAGCAUGUAGGAUUUGCAGAAGACUUCCUCAAAAUAAACUUCCAGACACAAGGAAGCCUAUCCAGUGUAGCCAAUGUCAUGGAAGCAUCAUGUAAAUAUCUAACAAUUUGUUGUUAAUAGGAAGCAAAGCCAAUAUGGUACUGCAUUGUUUCUGAACUUAAAACAGCAUCUUGUAGAUUCAAUAGACCAUUCCAUCAUGGAAAAAUGUGGUCGGGGAUGGGGGGUGGGAAACAACAUUCCAAAUUCAAGGAGUUUUUGAAACUUUGUAGAUAUGUUUCUCUAUACUUCAAGUUAGCACAAAUGCAAGCGCCUUACUAAUUUAGCUUUUAGAAUUUGUCAGAAGCUUUCAUAGAACUGAUGCAUUUUGUAAUAGGGCUCCAAAAUAAAUAACUUCUACUUUGUACAGGAUUUAAGUUGAAGCCAUUGAAAUAUAAUUUAAAUUACUACAGUUUGUAGAAGAUUUCAAGUGUUUUGAAGUGUUUUAGUCAUUCACAAUAGAUAAGUGACACCUGUAUCUCCAGUGGCUGUCGUCAUCAAGCUGUAAGUGCAAAACAGUGCAUUGGGAAGAAAGCUAGUGCUUCGUUCUCAGAGCAGUACUUGUAAUCUGUCUAAUGAUUUGGAUGGUUUAGAUCAGAUCUACUUUGGUUUGUUUUAAAAUGAUUGUAUUUGUGCUGACAAUUCAUACAGUAUUGCUUUUGGUACAGUGGAAAUUUAAUUGGCAAACAAUUUGUUUGUGUUUUUCAUCCCACUCAAAUCAUAUAGUACAUAAAGGACUGGCACAAAAAGAAUAAUUGGAAUCAUUUUUAUCACCUUCUUAACAGCCCCAUAGCAUCUCUCAUCAUCCACUAUUUAUAAAACAAAAUGUAAUUGCCAUGGAUCCGAGAUGCCAAUCAAAUUAUUUAAAAUGAAAACAAGUGAAAUUCAAAUGAUGUCUAUUAGUAGGCAAUUUUGCAUCUGUUUCAUGCAGAAAGCACACUUUGAGGCUAUUUUAUGAAAUAGCAUAAAUGUAUUUUAAAGAAAGAGACGGGGAUGAGGUAAUAUAAAAGGUAAAACAAAGGGUUGCUUUUAUUUUUGCCAGCAUUAUAAAUUCUGUAUUUAUUUGCUUGUAAUGCUAACGACUUGUUAGAUGCAAAGUUAACCUGCACCAUACAUGAGAAAUAUUACAAGAACACACGAGAAUGUUUAAUUUUACUACCCAUCACGAAAGAAAAGCGCAAGUCUUACCUUAAUUCAGAUUGCUGUGGGGCCAGUGAAAAGUCCUAUUCAUCGUUAAUUGGGAGGUGUUGAGUUUUUGAGUUUAGAGUCCACCUUUUUAACUGCCAAAUUACAAUUAUAUUGUUGCUUGGUUAGGUACCAUUAAAACCAUUACUCUUAAGAGAAACGGUUAAGCAAGUAGAUUAAUUUUUUUAAUGCCACUGUUGUCCAGAAUAGGAAGCUCUGAGCUGAGUAUCACUCAUAAUGUUUUUAGUACUUAUGUGAUAGUGAAAGGUUGAGUUGCUUUCAUCUUCCUGUACUGAACCAUAACCAUAUGUUGUUCAGGCAUGUUUUCUUUCACAAGAUAUCUAGCACUUAUUACAUAACGGAUUCUAUAAAAGCUUAAACUGUUUCCCUGCCUUAGCUUUUGACCUUGGAUGUCAUAGCAUGUGGGUUUGUAACAACUGCACCAUCUGAGUUUUCUUUGUAAAUCCUCCAGAGUGACUUAUGAAGCUGUACUGUAUAGUGUAUGGAGGCCUGUACAACCCCCAAAAAAUCCUAUGCACUGAACCUCCUGAUGCCUUCAAAUUACCUUGACGCCUGAAGAUGUAGAAAAUCUAGAACUGCUUUUUAAAAAUAAAAUCCUUUUUUAAAAAAAAAAUCAAUAGCAGUAGACAACCACUUUUGUUCUAUGUAUCUGCUUUGUCAUGGAUUACGUGCAAGGGUCUUAAUAAAACUGCAGUUUGUUGCUUUAAAUCUUUCAUAGGAGUGUAGAAAUAAACAACUUUAUGGAACUUUGUUUUAAUUGAUUGUUCUAAAAGCACAGACUUAUUAGGCUAUGCAAAUUCAGUUUUGUAAACAGCACGUUGGGGUUUUGACCUGUUGUUGGCAUGCACAAAAAGAAAUAAGUUGAUAUUUAUGGUACCCUUUGUACUACUCUGUAUAUUUCAAAAAAAAAGUUUCCUGACUCUUAGAAUGUUUGGAAAGCUGUAAGAAAGCCUUAAUUCUUAUUGUGUUCAAAAACUACCAGAGAAAAAGAAAUCUGUAAAUGUCAAUGACUGUGGUUGCAUUUUAGUAAAAUAAACUACAUUUAAGGGUACUGGAGUAUAAUCACAUUAGUUACAAAAAGGAUGGAAUAGGAUUGUAUAAUUUGGAACUGAAACUGGCUUCAGUACAAUUAUGUUCAUCCUUUGGAAAAACAUUACUGUGUCAAUGAGACUGCCAUCCUUUUUAUAACCAAAGAAUAAAAACUUUCAUUUGCUGGUGUGAACACUUGCUUUAAAACUCUAUUUUUGAUACUCAAAACAGAUGUCAUUCCUAAUGGUUGAAUUUGUUCAACAAUUGUACGUUUUGUAGAAGGAGCAAAACUACUACAGGCUAAGUCAACUGUUUUGCAGAUGUUUACAGAGCCUUGUAAUUUCAUGUACAUUUUGUAUUUUAAAAUUUUGUAAGGAAUUUUAAGAUUGCUGUGCUGUUGAGAGACAUAUAAUGAAAUAACUUGCAUCCUAGGCUCUUAAAUCAUAGUGUUUAAAUAAAAUGUAAGAUGUGUAAACUUGA